AUGUAUGGUCAUAAUCAAUCAACUCUAUCAUCUCUACCAAUAUUAAAUUAUGAAUUUAAUUCACUAACAAUUAAUAAUGAUCCUGCUCUUCUUCUUCUUGGUCAUCAACAACAACAGGGACAAUCAUCAACUACCAAUGUUGUAAAACCUGUUCAAUUCAUGUCAGCUGCGGCAAGAAAGGCAGCUGCAUCAAAGAAACAACUAGAAGAGGAUGAGAAACAAAAGAAAGAGAAAGAGUUGGAAAAGAAGAAAUCAUUGGAACGACUCAAUGCUUUGUUUUCAGAUGACGUUGAUAUGGAUAUCAAUGGAUCGACCAAGCUUCAAGAAGAACUCAUCAAUGUCAAUCCACUUGAUUAUAUCACUUCAAAAUCAUCUACAACUUCUGAUGAUAGAAAGGAUAGAGAUAGAGAUAAUAGAGAUCGUCGUGAUGAUCGUGACAAUAGAGAUCGUCGGGAUGAUAGAAGAGAUGGAGGAAGAGAUGAUCGUCGAGACGAUCGAAGAGAUGGAGGAAGAGGUGGUUAUGAUAGAAGAGAUAAUAGAGAUAAUAGAGAUGGUCGUGACAAUAGAAGAGAUGGAAGAGAUGAUCGUGACAAUAGAAGAGAUAAUAACAAUAGAUAUGAUCGUGAUAGAAGGGAUGAUCAUAGAGGAGGAGAUAAUAGAGUUGACAAUAAUAGAAGAGAUAAUAACAAUAGAUAUGAUCGUGAUAGAAGAGAUGAUCGUGAUAAUAGAGGAGGAUAUGAUAGAAAUAAUAAUAAUCGUGAUAGAAGAGAUCCAUUACCACCUCCACCACCUCCACCACCUCAACAAUCAUCUUCAUCUUCAUCCUCAUCUACGACUUCAGGAGAAAAAAGAUCAAGAGAAGAAGAAAAAGAAAUUAGUGAUAUCAAGAAUGAAUAUUAUGGAGAGAAAAAAGAAGCAAAAAAGAAACCAAAAAAGAGUGAAAGAACUAGAUUUGUAUUUGAAUGGGAUGCAGCAGAGGAUACAAGUAGCGAUUACAAUGCACUCUAUACCAACAAGGUGCAAGCCAAACCUCAAUUUGGACGUGGUGUAAUGGGAGGAUUUGAAUCGACUAGUCGACGACUACCAAGUGGUGAGCCUGAAAAGGACGUCCCAUCAACACAUUGGUCAAAGAAAGAUUUGCGGUCAAUGACAGACAGAGACUGGCGUAUAUUCAAGGAAGACUUUAAUAUUUCCACCAAAGGUGGUAGUAUACCCAACCCUAUUCGUACUUGGCGCGAGAGUAGUUUGCCAGCCGACAUGUUGGAAGCAAUUGCCAAACAAGGAUAUGAAAAACCAAGUCCUGUUCAGAUGCAAGCUAUUCCCGUCGCAUUGUCUGGACGUGAUGUGCUGGGUAUUGCUGAAACGGGUUCUGGUAAGACUGCAGCAUUUGUCAUUCCCAUGUUGGUAUACAUCUCCAAACAACCUAGAAUGACCAAAGAGAGCGAGCAGGACGGUCCAUAUGCGGUGGUCAUGGCACCAACUAGAGAGUUGGCAUUGCAGAUUGAAAAGGAAGCUAGGGUGUUUGCCAACUUUUUAGGGUAUCGUACGGUUGCAUUGGUUGGUGGUCAGCCGAUUGAAGAGCAGAUAUAUCAGUUGUCAAAAGGAUGCGAAAUUGUCAUUGCUACACCAGGUCGUCUCAACGACUGUCUAGAAAAGCGUUAUCUUGUACUCAACCAAUGCAACUAUGUCGUGUUGGAUGAAGCCGAUAUGAUGAUAGACAUGGGCUUUGAGUUGCAAGUAGAGUCAGUGUUGGACGCCAUGCCAAGCGCAUUCCUCAAAUCUGAAAAUGAAGAAGAAGCAGAGAAACAGGAACGCGACCGUCACCGCGUCUACCGUACAACCAUCCUCUACUCGGCUACGAUGCCACCCAAGGUAGAGAGACUGUCGCGCAAGUAUUUACGUCGUCCAGUACACGUUAUCAUAGGUGAGGCUGGCAAGGCAGUCGAUCGUAUCAAGCAGACAGUCAUCUUUGUAAAGUCAGACAAUGACAAGCACCAACAGAUGAGCAGUCUCUUGACAUCGGGUCCACCACCCCCCAUCAUUGUCUUUGUCAACAAAAAGAAGCAUUGCGAGAUCAUCAUGGAAAUCGUCCAAGAGUGUGGUCUGUCAUCCACCUCGCUUCACAGCGGUCGUUCACAAGAACAACGUGAGAUGGCACUUGAAGGUUUCAAAAAGAGAAAGUAUGGUGUACUCAUUGCCACCGACGUUGCAUCCAGAGGUAUCCACGUCGAGGGUGUUACCCACGUCAUCAACUAUGACAUGCCAAACAACAUUGAAGAUUACACUCAUCGUAUCGGUCGUACUGGUCGUGCCGGUAUGGAAGGUCUAGCCUCAUCACUCAUCACCGACAAGGAUACUGAAAUCAUGUACAAUCUCAAAAAUAUGCUUACCAACACAAACAAUAUCGUUCCAAAUGAACUCAUCAAACAUCCUGCCUCUCAAAUUAAACCUGGAUCAGUUCCAGAUCGUCAAAAACGUUCUGAAACUGUUAUCUUUUCAAAAUAA